UGCGUCAUCGCAAAAAAGUUCUGAUCUCUUUUGUUUUUAUUGAAUUUUUACCAGUUUUUUCGGGUAAUAAAGCUAUUAAUGGCCCCGCAGCCGGUGGUAACGGGGCUCUCCCCCAAGGAGGGUCCACCUGGCACCCGCGUCAUCAUCCGCGGCGAGUUCCUGGGCACCCGGGUGCAAGAUCUAAUUGGUUUAAAGAUCUGCGGUUCGGAUUGCCUGCUAUCCGCAGAAUGGAAGUCGCCCAACAAGAUCAUCGCACGCACGGGUCCGGCGAAGGGCAAGGGCGACAUCAUAGUGACCACCCAGAGCGGCGGAAUGGGCACAUCCACGGUGCAGUUCCGUGCCUACCACGAAACCAUUGGUCCGCUCAAGGAAUCUGCCGUGUGGAUAGAGGAGUCGCCCUCGCAGAACUUUGCCUGGGGUCGUCGCACUUUAGCCCAGUCGGGAUUGACCCAGGAGGAUCCUUUGGGCCUCUCCAUCGAGGGCAACGAACAGAAGAUUCCCGAGGAUUUGCGUGAUUUGUUUCCCGAGGCCUGCGGCGAUCUCUCCCAAGAGCACUUCUCACCCUCGUGGUUCCUGCUGGAGAAUCAUCUGGCCACCUCUUUUGAGGACCUGAAGGCGGGACUGUCUUAUUUGAAGCGCAAGGUGGAGAGCCAGAAGGAGGGCCAGUUGUCCUUCCUCAAGUCGAAUGCGGGCUCGGUGAUUGACCAGCUGGACACGCUGAUGAACAUUAGGGACAAGCUGCAGGAGGAUGUCAAGCUGCAUGGGAACGAGACGCUGAAUGUACUGGAAACAUCCAUUGAAAACUCCAUCAGCGAGUCGCAGAAGAUCUUCACGGAUGUGCUGGUGCGCAAGGAGAAGGCCGACUCCACCAGGUCGGUUCUUUUUGCUCUCUCACGUCACAAGUUCCUCUUCUGCCUGCCCAAUUCGGUGGACCGGCGGGCCAAGGCGGGUGAGUACGACAUAGUUGUGAAUGACUAUUCCCGCGCCAAGAAUCUCUUUGGCAAAACGGAGAUUCCCAUCUUCCGCAAAGUCCUGGAGGAGGUGGACCACAGGAUACUGUCCAUUCGGAAGCAGCUGCACGAGAAGGUGGUCAAGAUGCCGCAGAGCGUGGAGCAGCAAAAGAAGCUGAUUAAGGCUUUGAUCAGCUUGGAGCUUCAGCAGAGCGGCACGCCCAUAGGCGAAAAGCUGAGGAAUAUCGAUCCCGCCUGGGAUGCCAUCGAAGCGAGGGCCAAGUACUUAGAGGGCACCUUCCGCCAGACCUUCGAGCAGCAUGCCAACAAGGAUUCGAGUGCGCAGGAGAAGGUUAAAAGCAGGGAUCCCAGCCAGGCACCCAGUCGUGUGAACUUUUGCGAGGAACUCUGCGACAUUGCCGCCUCACAGCUGCCGGAUUUGUGGCGUCUGGGGCAGCUUUACUUCACGGGAGAGCUGCGCGGUCCACAUGAUCCCAAGCCGGGUGACUUUAAGCGAAUGAUCCUGAACGCCAUUGAAAAGUUUUGUGUCUACUUGAGGCUCGCUAUCCUCAUUGCCGCCGAUCAACGUUCGCUGCGCCAGUCGAGCGGCCUUUCGUGGCCCAUUGGCUCCGCCUCGGCCACGCAUCAGUUUCUCCCCUGGAUUCCGCAGUGCCUGCGCUUCACGAGAAUAGCCUAUGCCACGCUGAUCAGCUUGGAUUUGCCCUCAGAAGCACUGGAUAUUAUACAGAAACUAAUAGACGAAGUGCGCCUGUUUUGCUUCUCGAUAAUCUUCAAGCGAGCCACGGAUCGUUGCAAGAAGCUGGGCAGCCAGGAGUCCUGGGAGCUGGGCGUGGAGGAGUAUCCAGGUGCCACCUUGCUGCCCGCUGCCCUAGAAACCCUGCUCAUUGAAACCCUAGACGAAGUGCAGUCGGUGUGCAUGCAGCGGGAGACGCGGGAGGGUAAUCUCCUCGAGCCGCAGUCGGAUGGUCAAAGGGAGGUUACGCAGCGCCUGCAGGAGCUCCUCUCCGCUUUUAGUGGUGUAAUAGAAGAGCUGGCCUUUCACUCGCACGACGAGGAGACGCCCACGCACAAUGUAUCCCAGCUGCUAGGAUUUCCAAAUGCCCAGCAACCGGAUUCGGUGGCCGGAGGAGGAGGAGGCGGAGCAGCAGCUGUCACCUGGGAGCAGCGGAUGCUCUGCUGCCUGGCCAACUAUGCGUACUGCAACAAGAGCUUCUUUGCUCGCAUCGGCGAGAUCUUCGUGCGCUACGGCUAUCCACUGCCCACUUUGGCCAUCGAAACAGCUCGCUACACGGUGAAUCAACUGUUUACCAAUCUCCUAGAGGAAUAUGUGGAGCACAAGGGCGAUCCCCUCGUGGGCACCAUAGAGCCUUCCAUGUAUUUGGGUCGCUUUCAGUGGGAUCACGAGAUGGAGAUCGGCCAAUUGCGUCCAUAUGCCCACGAAUGUUGCGAUAAUCUGGUUGGGGUUUACUCGGAGAUCUACAGUAUUUCACCAGCACUUUUGCGUCCGAUUCUGGAGUCCAUUGUGCAGACCAUCUCCGAGGAGCUGGCCCGCCUGAUGAGCUGCGUCCAGCGGUUUAGCUUCACGGGCGCCAUUCAGGCCCAUGUGGAUAUCCGACUGCUGAGGGAUUCGCUGGAGGGCUACGUGAAUGAAACGGCCAAAAACUACUUUAUGGAGGCACUGGAGGCCAUCAAUCCCCCGCUGAGCGGCGAGCAGAAGCGCAAGGCAGACGAGAUUCUGGAGCGGGUGAAGCGCAACAUGCGACUGCAACUCCUUUGCUUUAGCGUGAGGGAUCCCUAGGAACAUUCCACAUAGACUAAGCCUAAACUAUAUAAC